UGUUCUGUUCCGGUCCGUUCUCACGAGUUGCUUAUCCUCUUGCGAAAGCCCUCUUCUUCGAACCAUCCAUAUCAGGUCUUCGUCUACGGCGGGCAUCUUCUUCUUCUUCUUCUUCUCCUUCUCCUUUUCAUGGCUCUUAGCGGCAGAGUUGGAGCAUCAUGGCCUGCUCUCAACUUCUGCAACCCGGUCCCUUCGGCUCCCCCCGUUUCUACCCUGCCCAUGCCGUCUAAGUCGAGGGAUGUGAUGGCGUUGGUCGCCGCUUCGACCGGCGGCGGGUUGGGGUCGUCGAGAGGAGGAGCCGGGCUGUUGGAGCGCCCCACCUUCGACCAGUCCCAGUUCGACACCCUCCCCGAAGCCCAAGAAGGUGGAGACAUAGGCAGGCUUGCGUCGAGGAAAGGCCUGGGAAGCGGAGACAGCUACAAAGUUCUGCUCAUUGAUGAUCCACGCCACACGGAGAAGCUAGUGGAAAAUGUUCUGCCACAAGUCGUGCCAUCCGUUACAGCCGACGGUGCGAGACAACUAUUUCGCGAGUCUCGGCAACUGGGUGUCGCAGUGGUUAUUGUUACUGUUAAGGAGCACGCGGAGUUCUACGCGCAGAUGAUGGUACGCCGUGGGUUGCGUUCCGCGAUAGAACCCGAUUCCAACCUGGAAGCAUGAGGAACAAUAACGCAUCUUCGCUGGAGUUCUGUCGAGCAUAAGGCGUUCAAUUUUGUCAGAGCGGAGUCAUUUAAUCACUUUAUUAUUUUUUUACUAGUUUUUGAUGCAUGACAAACUUCUUUAUCGUUGAAAUCCGAGAAUGCAUGUUAUGUAAUGCUUGAAUGGAAGGAGUGGUUCAUCCAAUAAUCGACCUGAAGCACCCUUUUAAGUGCAA